UUUCCAUCCCUAGCUUUUGGCCAUAUGGUUCCAUACUUAAAAGACCAUUUAGAAUUAUCAAAACUCAUUGCUCAAAGAGGUCACAAAAUCUCCUUCAUUUCAACCCCAAGAAACAUUAAUCGUCUCCCAAAACUUCCUCCAAAUCUCGUCCCGUUCACAAAUUUCAUCAAAUUUCCUAUGCCCCAAAUCGAAAAUCUACUAAAAAAUACAGAAGCCACAACUGAUGUUCCUUAUGAACAAGUCAAGUACCUCAAAAUUGCUCAAGGCGGACUUAAACAAUCCAUGUCUGAAUUUCUCAAAGAUUCAACUCCUGAUUUUAUACCCUUCGAUUUUACUUCUUACUGGAUUCCUUCAAUUGCUAAAAAAUUUAAUAUUUCGACGGCUUAUUUCAGCAUAUUUAUCGCCGCGUUUCUGGGUUUUACCGGACCCCUACCUGGACUGAAAAACGACUAUGAAAUUCGGAAGACAGCUGAAGAGUACAUUGUUCCUCCAAAGUGGGUCCCAUUUGAGGCAACUGUUGCUUGGAAAUUGUUUGAGGUUUUACCUAUGUUUGACGCACCCAUGAGCGGAGAUGAAGAGAAUAUGUCUGAUAUUUUGCUUGUACGGAGUUGUUCAGAAUUUGAGCCAGAAUGGUUGAAAGUUUUGGAGGAUAUUCACCAGAAACCGGUUUUUCCGAUAGGGCAACUUCCAACGACGUCGUAUGAAGAUGAUAGUACGACGAUUGAUGCAUGGAGAUGGGUCAUUCACUCCACUAUUCUUAUACUGCCUACCAAACUACCUUCGGUGAGAUUGGUACUUGUUGAGGAAGAGGGUAAGAUUUAUCGUGAGAAGGUUAAAGAGGUAAAACAACUUUUUUGUGACAAGGAAAGACAAGAUAGCUAUGUGGAGAAUUUGUUAUGUUAUCUUCAAAAUCAUAGAAAGACUAAAAUAUGA